AAAGCCACCUAGAUAACUUCACCUGUAAAAGAUAUUCUCAUCACUGAAAUCGUCCGUCGAUCAGACAAUAUCGUCCGCUAACGUCAGCGAGUGGGCCGACUAACAUCACCUGGUUGUUAGAGCAACGGCCAGGGCGUACGCCAAGGCAUGCCAGAGAGACCAGUCGAGGGAACAUAGGAACACUGCCUUUGUUUCUUCCUUGGAACAAUCGAAGGCAAGUUCAGGAUCAGGAAGUAACAUUCAGCCACCACCUGCAACUACCUUGGUCCUUACUCCUGCUGAAGAUUAAGGGUGAAACUUUCGAAGAUAUUCUGAGGUGACAACUCGUCCAACGCUUUCUAAGAAUACUCACCGCCACUGACUUUCUCGACAAUGGUGGGCACAACUAUUGAACCAGCUGCUUAUACCGCGGUUGGCUCCAACACAACUCUUAUCGACAUUGGGUUCGAUCUCCAAAACUUUUCGCCGGACUGUUUGGUCUUCGCCAUUCCGGAAAACGCCAGCGACGUGAUUCUCCGGGAUUAUCUCUCAAAGGAAAUAAUCACGACUUUCAUCGUGCUAUACACUCUCAUUAUUGUGCUAGCCUGUUUCGGGAAUGGCCUGGUCAUCGUUAUCAUUGCCAGGAACAGAAAGAACAGGACAGUGACCGACUGCUUCCUCCUGUCCUUGGCUAUAGGGGACUUACUGAUUGCCUUGGUCAACAUGCCUUUCCAACUUUACUAUCACAUUCACAAUAGAUGGGAACUUGGACAAGAGAUGUGCAAGUUUGUCAACUAUAUCCAGGCGAUUACAAUCACAGCUAGUAUAGCGACUCUCACAGCUAUAAGCUUGGACAGAUACGUUGCGAUCUGCCAUCCCUUCCGGUCGAGACAAAGCAAAAGUCAAUUAAAGGCUAUCUUGAUGCUGGUAUCGAUCUGGAAUUUCUCCUUCCUCAUCUCCAUCCCACAGGCAUUCUUUAGCAAGAUCAACCCACCCAAGAUCUACAUCUCGCCCACAGACGGCUGCAUGUCGCUGGCAUACGUCUGCCAGGAACACUGGAACUCACGUACAGAGUUCCUCAUCUACAACAUUUUCUGGUACUGUGUGAUCUACGUGACUCCUACCAUCAUCAUGAUGGGGUCUUACACGGCUGUCGGCCAUCGGCUGUGGAUUCGGAAACCUAUCGGGGACAUGUUGGAGAAUCCUCGGAACUACGACCGGCAUAUUAAACAGAAGAAACAGAUCGUGAAGAUGCUGUUCAUUAUUGUUGCUAUGUUUACCAUUUGUUGGUUCCCCUUCUUUACGGUCCAUUUCUAUGGAUCUUUCAACGAGACCGGUGACGAUUUUCAGAUAACCCGCGCGAUUUUGCAGCUGGUUGGCUAUUCUAAUUGCUGCAUUAACCCUGUCGUGUACACAUUCCUGAAUAAGAACUUCCAGAAUCAGUUCCAGUAUCUCCUGUCUUGCUGCAGCUGGCGGAGAAAACCGCUAAAACCGGAGGCCAUUGCUGCUACAACAAUGAUACACAAUACAAAUUCAACGGCCAUGGAAGCAUAGGUCAAUACUGGUCACUAUAGUGCUAAAAUGGUAGAUGUUGUCCUAAGUUAUUUGUUGGCGUAAAGUUCAAAAAACAUUUUCGUUAAACAUAAGUACCUAAUGUAGGUUUAGAUAAAGAGGGAUGAUUCUUGAUUCAUCUUUUAAAGAGAAACCAUGGCCUAACUGUUUUAAAUAAUCUCUGCUGAGACUGGCCCAAAUGUGCUGAACCUGCUGCCACACACAUGCAGCUCAUGGUUGGUUUUCUAAUUUGAUUGGACUGGCGCGAAAUAAUUUUACAAAUAAAUCAAAACAGUCCUGCCUAUGGUGUAGCUAUACUCAGAGUCAGCCUAUGUAAAUAUCAGAUCAUAGUUUUGAUCUUGUCAGACCGUCCGAAAUAUCCGA